UUUAAAAAAUAUGCAGAUAAAGAUCAACCUGAUCUAAUAUCACCAGAAGGCUGUCAAGCUUUAUUUGCAGAUCUGGGUGUGUCAUUAGAAAGUUUGCUUCCUAUUAUUGUUGGCUGGAAGUUCGAGGCUAGUCGGAUGGGUCAUUUCACAAAAGACGAGUGGAUCAAUGCUUUAGCGAAAUAUGAACAACAGGACAAAAGAACCGCAACUACACUCUGGCAGUUGAUGUUACAGAAAAAAUACCCCUUAAUUGAAUCCUUCGUACAAUUUCUUCAAGAGAAAAAGCCUGUAAAAGUAAUCAAUAGAGAUCAAUGGUCAAGUUUAUUGGAUUUUUGUCGGUCCAUACCUAAAGAUCUAUCAACGUACGAUACAACGUCCUCUUGGCCUGUAUUAUUCGAUGACUUUGUAGAAUGGAAACAACAAUGUUAA